AUGAAGAGGGAGGGCUUCCAGCACGGCGCCGUCCGGGUGAACCGCAACAAGCUGCUGCGGGUGGCCGCCGGCACCGGCGGCGACGCGGCGGCCGCGGCGCUGGAGCUCGCCGGCGUGGCGUACGCCAGGGCGCCGUCCAAGCCGACCAACGCGUCCAGGGACACGGGCCGGUGCCGCCGGCCCCGCUGCGCCGGCUGCCACGCGCACCCCGCCGCCAAGGCCCGGGACAAGGCCAAGGGCGCCCACAAGCUGCGCGCCUCCGACGUCGCCCUCAACCACCGCCUCGUCUCCUGGCGCCUCGUCGACGGCGUUGGGAACGCUCCGGCUGGCACCGGCGGCGUCCCCGACUACAAGGGCGCCUCCGCCUCCGCCGUCCUCGCCUACCUCGCCGGCGGCAACAGCUGGCACGCCGAGGACGAGGACGACGACGAGGAGGACCAGGACGACGGCACCGACCUUCAGGCCCCCCCAAGGGGGAUCUCCGACCUGUACGACCUCAUCGUCGGCCUCCAGGCCAGCGCGGCCCCUGCGCCGGACGGCCAAGAAGAUGGCAACAACAUAUCAGUAACACCCAGCGAUGAAAUCGAGGAGCAGGAUGCCGAAAUCACCGACGACGCCGACGCCGACGAGGAGGAGGAGGACAUGGGGUUCUGCGUGGUGCAGGGCAUCACCAUCGCGCUCGAGUUCUCCGACGGGGAGGAGGACUGGAUCGUGGUCUGA